GAUGUUAGAAAAUGUUCAAAGUGCAUGUUAUCAUUUGCCCGACUCGAAACAAAGAUAAUCUCGGGAGUAGUUGGGCGGUGUUCGUGUAGAAUUUGUCACAAGUGUGAUGUGAAAGAUGUAAUGACAUAGAAAAUGAGUGGAAGGUUCAAAUUUACACACACACAAUAGGUAGAAGAAGGGCAACCAUGUCGUCCCGCCCCCCCAAUGAGAACUUGGUCACCUACAAACUGGUGGUGGUGGGGGACGGAGGCGUGGGCAAGAGUGCACUUACGAUUCAGUUCUUCCAGAAACUUUUUGUCACCGACUACGACCCAACGAUUGAAGAUAGCUAUAUCCAGCACACAGAAGUUGAUGGCCAGUGGUGCAUUUUAGAUGUUCUAGAUACUGCAGGCCAAGAAGAGUUCAGUGCCAUGAGAGAACAGUACAUGAGAAAGGGCGACGGAUUCCUCCUAAUGUACUCUGUCACAGAUAAACAAAGUUAUGAAAAUAUAAUAAAUUUCCACACACAAAUUCUCAGAGUGAAGGAUAGGGAUGUUUAUCCAAUGCUCCUUGUUGCGAACAAAGUAGACCUUGUACAUCUUCGAAAAGUAUCAGAAGAAGCUGGUCGUGAACUGGCCCAUAAGUUGGGCAUUCCUUAUAUUGAAACUAGUGCCAAAGAUCCUCCACUGAAUGUGGAUGCUGCAUUUCAUGAGGUUGUACGCAUCAUCCGCAAUCAGCCACCUGCAGAAACUGAAAAGAAUCGCAGGAAAAGAAGACACCCUAUGAAGUGUGUUUUGCUGUAAGUCCUUUACUUGGCUACUGAAACAGUAGGCGAGAAAAUGCUCACCACUUUGCUGAUAAUUUUUUUAUUCUUCUUUACAAAAUGAUGUUUUUAAGGAAACGGUCAUUGGAAAACGCACACUUAAGGUACAUAGAUGAAACAAAAGUAUUUUCUUCUGAGAUUGUAGGAAUAAGAAGGAAGUAAUUGGUGUCAAAUGUUAGAAUAUCAAUAUAUGAAUGUUAUACAUGGGUAUAUUCAUUGAAAGGCCUAUUCAUCUAAUCUUAGCAUUAAUUUACUCUGUAUGUGUUUGAUGUGUUAUUUUUCUGAUUAUAAGACUGCCUUUAAAUAUGAUUUGCGUAAAAAGCAUUGGACAGAAAAAUAUUCUGUCAGAAUGUAGCAAAAAUUACUUGGAUUUUAUUACAGAGCAUAACUAUAUUUUAUACACACAAAAUCAUUCAUAAAUUUGCAGCUAUACGCACACAUAAUGCUCACUUCCAUUUUCAAUGCUGUAUUGUCAACAGAUGUGUUAAUUACUGUUGUGCUAAUAGUUAGGCUUUUCUCUGAAAAUGUUGUAUGGGGUAUCUUUUUAUAUACGUGUCAAAAGUUAUCUGGUUGUUUACUCAGUGUGAAGUAUUCUUUCAGAUGUCAUAAAUGUACAAAUUAGAAUGAAGUUGUAUCAUCAAUUAGCAUUCCAUUCAUUAAUGUUUGUGUUUGAGACUGCUGUUAACAUUGAGUGAUGUAGUAAGUCUCCUGUAUAAAAUAAAGGUGUUCUGUAGUCCACUAUCA